AUGGCGCCCACCGAGUCUGAAAUUUUACAAAACUAUCUCAUCGUCCCAGCCCAGCUGCCAUCCAUCAUCAGUCUUGAAGAAUUCACAGAGCUCUUCCCUAAAGCGCAACGGGCAAACCCACAGAUUCGCUCGCUGUAUCGCGACUUCCAACACCAGAGAAGAACACUUGUGGACACGGUAGCGGAAAACAUAUCGGAAGAGGAGAAGAGAGGCAGAUACAUUAGACGCGACAUCGCAAUUGCCCGACGCAAGGCCGCAAAUGAAGAUGCCGACCAGGAGCUUGAGAUUGAGAGAGCACUUUUUGGCUCAUCUGGAGCCGAAGACCCCAAGCAUACACUUCAAUCUAUUAUUCCCGAAAUGGACACCGCAAUAGCGGAUCUGGAGGCAGAGAUCGGGAGCCUAGAGGCCCAAGAAGCAGCUCUUCUCGAGUCUGUUAAGCAGACUGUCGGCACCAUGAGCGACCUCCGCUAUGGUCGACUCUCUAACCCCAAGCUCAGAGACGAUGUGAUUCAAGGCCUAAAAAGUGUGCAGGAUGCCUGUGAAGGGAAAAGUUGA